UUCCCGUAACCUGACGUCACACAAAACAAGUAUGGCGGCGCCCUCUGAGCUGCUGCUGUGCGGUGUGUCGGGACAGAAGCGUUGAAACGUGAUUUCUGACAACGAUUUCUCCCCCGUUUUCGUGUCAUAUAAGUUUUGGGGGUGAAUUAAAGCUACUUAUCCGUGAAAGAUGGGUUUUGAGCGGCUGCUGUGCGGAGCUCUGCAGUGUUACUCCAAACACUUUCGACUUGUCAACAUCCUUCAAAAUGCGUCGAUGUGCACACAGGCUCCACCGAGCAUGACCAGCAUGGUGACCCGGGUUACAUGUCCAGCAGGUGGUCGGUUGGGCCGGGUAUUCGUGCACAGACAGCCGGCCGUCGGCCUCUGCACCGCCGCCCAGCCCGGCAGAGACGUCACCCUGUUCAAACACGACAGGACUCGCUUCUUCCGGCUCCUCGCUGUCUUCUGCGGGGGACAGCUCCUCUUCUGGACCUACCUGGGCCACUUCGCUUACACGGGGCUCAGGGACACAGGGGGCGCUGCUGAGAGAGACAGAGGGACAGCCAAGGCGUCCACGUCCUCCACCACCACCUCCACCUCCACCACCACCACAGGACUUGCAGGGAUCUGGAGUUUCGAGAUGAACCUGGGGUCAACCACCUGGAGAUACGGCUUCACGCUGGGCUGCCUGACAAUAGGAGCAGUGAUUGUGGGGCUCGGGGUCCUGUUCUGCAGGCGCUCCGUCAGCCAGGUGGUGUUGCAUCAAGGUGGGAGGAUGGUGACGGUGUCCACGCAGUCUCUUCUGGGACCAGACCGAGGCCGGAGGAUAACGGUGCCUCUGUCCCAGGUGGCCUGUCACGCUCACAGACACGAGUCCCCCUCGUUCAUCCCGCUCAGGGUCAAAGGACACAAGUUCUACUUUCUUCUGGACAAAGACGGGACUGUGAACAACACCAGGCUGUUUGACAUCACUGUUGGGGCUUACCGGCCAUUUUAAGAUGUCGAUAAAACUGUUUUUGACAUUGAUGGAACACUGAUUGUGGUUUUUCAUGUCUGCCAAACAAAUACGUCAGUUUCUGUUUAAUCUCUCUUCAAUUAAAUAAAAUCUAUGAGAUCAAAUGUGGACUCUUUAAGGCUCAUUUUGAGAAGGGUGAGAUGCAUUUGAAAGUAUUAGUAGCCUGUCCGAUAUCCAGGUUACAUGGUGACGAGAAAGUCUUGUGGCUAAGGCUCCAUCUAUUUGGCAACACCAGGAAGCUGCUUGUCAUCCUCCUGGAUCCAUCUUUUCAUAUAUUUUCACAUUAUAUGUUUAAUUUCUAUCAUAUGCAUUGUUUACAUUAUCAUUUUAUUAUAUUGGUUAUUCUGUACACACAUCUAUUGCAUGUCUGUCCCUCCUCAGUUGCUCCUCCUGAGGUUUCUUCCAUUUUUUUUUCCUCUUAAAAGUUUUAUUUGGGGAUAGUUUUUCCUUAUUUGCGGCACGGUUCAAAGGACAGAGGGUGUCGUAUGCUGUACAGAUUCUAAAGCCCCACGAGGCAAAUCUGUGACUUUUGAUAUUGGGAUAUAUAAAUAAAAUUGGCCCGACUAUUGAAUAUUUAAAAUCACCUGGAAUUUUGCCAUUCAAGCAACAGAAAGCAGUUUGAAUGACUUUGCUGUGAAAUGUAAGUGAUAAACGUCUGUGUUUUCUGAC